CCUUCACUGUUCCAGUAAAGCUGGUAGCUCUAAUGCACAUUGUUUUGCUCAAUUAAAAAAAAAAAUCUCAAAUCUAUCAAGGUGAUUUUAAAACCUUCGAAUAGAUUCCCAAACGCUUAUUUAAGUGAUUUAUACCGAAAUCAAAACGCCUUUCAAGUGUAUGUGUCGUUUUUCAUGAAAAGUCCGAAGUCUGUCGGAGGACUUGAACGCGUCACGCCAGCAGGCGCACAGCUGAAGCGAGACGAAAACAUGCACUGAUCACUUUUGGCCGCCGUGGAGUCUCCGAAAACUAAUAAUAAUUAAAAAAAAAUGUGGACCGAAGCGCAAAACGACAGCAAGCUCGUCCCCGACGGGGUCGACAACACUUCGGAGAUGGUUGACCCAGAUCUGACCUGGCAAGCACUGCAGAGAAACGGUUCUACUGCAGCAGCUGUUCGUCCAUCAAGUACCGAAGACGCUUUAAACACAAGUAAUGGAAUCAUUCCUGGAGCCAUCGCGGCCGCCAUGUUCAUCACGAUGUUACUGGGCCUCUAUGCCGUGCUGUGGAAGUGCAUGGUGUCGCCGCCGCAAAGAAAGCGGCGGAAAAUAAGAGCGAGACUUCAGCAAAGAACGUCGGCGUGACCGUACGAGACCAGUUUUGCGAGACGUUUUCUCCAAAAGAUGCGGAUUGCGAUGGCGGCGAACCACUAAAGAUGUUUGAUACAGCGAAGUGACGGGCACUGUUCCCACUCGCCGUCACUCUUUCCUGCUGACUGGACGCUGCUCAUUGUUCUUGUUUUGAAAAGUCUGCUGCUUUUUGCGGUGUCAACUCUGCACUACUGAGGGCUGAGACUGCUCACUCCCUAAACCACCAAAAAACUGUUUGAGUGAAGUUACUGCGUCUGAUGACGCGGCUAACUACCUUCUAUUUUAAAACCUAAAUAAAACCCCGUUUUCCUCCCAAGGAUGUGAAGGACUAUCAAAAUCACCCUAAAAAAAGGGAAAAAAAUGGCAUUACCAAUUUAAAGUAAUAAAUGUAUGAGGUCCAUCUUUCCAUUUUCUGAGCCGCCUAUCCUCACAAGGGUCGCGGGAGCGGUGGAGCCUAUCCUAGCUAUCAUCGGGCAGGAGGUGGGGUACACCCUGAACUGGUUCCUAGCCAUUUGGAGGGCACAUAGAGACAAACAGCCGCACUCACAAUCACACCUAUAGGCAAUUUUAAAGUGUCCAUGUUUUUGGGAUGUGGGAGGAAAUUGGAGUGCCUGGAGUAAACCCACACAUUCACAGGGAGAACAUGCAAACGCCACACAGGCGGGGUUGGGAUUGAACCCGGGUCCUCAGAACUGUGAGGCCAACGCUUUGCAGCUGCGGCACCGUGCCGCUCUAUGUAUGAGGUCAAAGUUGCAUUUUUUUAUAGAUAAAGUUGUGUAUUUUUUAGGAAAAUAAAGUUGCAUAGUUCCAAGAUAGUUACGUAUUUGUCAGACAAAUUGUGAUUUCAGCAGAAUAAAGUUGUAUAUUUUCAAGAUAAAAUUGGCUUGUAAUUUUACAAAACAAAAAAAGUCUCAUUCAGAGAAAAAGACUGGAUAUUUUAGAUUUUUUUUUAGAAUAAAGUCCCAGUACAAUGAAAACUAUAUGGUAUACUCCGAGCAAACCAACAUCAAAAUUAGAGAGCAGUAUUUAGGCUACUGAAAAAUGCAAACCUUAUUCUCGUAAUAUUAAAAUUUUAAUAUGGAAAAUAGUUGGUCUCAUAAUUGUUUUUUUAAACUUUUUUUUUGAGAAAAAAAAGUCAAAUUUGGCAUAUUACUAUGACCUGGACAGCUAGAAGUCUACACACAUAUAAAGGAAAAACUUUUUUUAAAGUAGCAACAGUGGUAUUUUUUCAUUAUUGUGACUUAGCUCAAAAUGGACAAUUAUAUUCUUGGACUAAACAUAUCUUAAAAAUAUGUUUAAUGCCCAUGAUCUUCAAAAUAUACAAGACUUGAUUCUUGUAAUACUUUAACUUUUAUUUUUUUUAAUCUUGAAAAUCUACCGCUUUAUUAUUGCAAGAUCACAUCUUUAAUCUCAUGCCACUUAUUUUCUUUCAGUACGGCCAUCAUACACUUUCCUGCAGAAGUAACCUUUUGCCUUUGAUGCAAUUUAUUAUCUUUCUUUGGGAUUGGGAAGUGUUUAAUCACUGUAGAUAUGUUGUAAAAUUAACUGUGAUAUUUUUUCGAGUGGACUGAACCUGAAUAAAUGUGAAAUUGAAAUGACAGUAAAG